GAGAAGCAUAAAUUUCUCACUCAAGUAUAUAAUGAUGGGAGAAGGACAAAGUUGGAAGAAAUGCUAACAAAAACCAAAAGAAGGAAACCACUUCUCAUCUCUCUUCAAUGCUAACAACUUUCAUUGCACUAAGGCAACUGAGAUUUCAGAGAUUUCUCACUUUCUUCUUUGUUUCUUUUUGAGCAUAUAUUAUCCUCUUUUUUCUUUUUUUUUUUUUGGGGUUAACUUUAUUUUAUUCCUGUUCUCUGAUCAAAAGCAACAUCAAGAUCAUGUAUAGUCAUGCAUCAGGAUACUUUGAUCAUUGUCAAGAAUCAAGCCAAGCACAUCAAGAACCAUUAAUAAUUGGAGUUGAAAGUGAUCAUCCUUCUCUUGAUCAUCAGAACAAUAACAUCAACAAUGACUUGGAAGACAACAUGAAGAUAUCCAAUUUCUCUCUUGAAGACCUCUCAAAUCCGCAUAACAACGACGACAACAACAACAACAACAACUCCGGUGAUCCUCCGGGGAUGGGGCUCGAUCAAUUGCAGCACCAGCUUGGCUUCGAUAUCGAGCAUGAGCUUCAUAGCCAUUUGAUUCAAGAAGCUCAUCCACUGGACAGUUCCACUGACUGGAACACAACCAUGCAAGAUAUCCAAAACAUGUCUGAUCAGCAGCCAAACAUGCAGUGUUAUGAUCAUACAAGCACAUACCCAGUGCCUGAUCUUCUCAACCUUCUUCAGUUACCAAGAUGUAGUAGCAUGGCAGCUUCGAUGUCGUUCUCGAAGCCGGGAAGUUUCCCUCUUGAUGUUUUCGGUGAGUUGCCGGGGACAGCGGAGAGUGGUUCAGUGCUUUAUGACUCUUCACUGCAUUUGGGGUAUCCUACACCACCUCAAACCAAUCUCUUGAGGGACUUGUUUCAGUCACUGCCUCAGAAUUAUGGUUUGUUUGGUGGAAUUGAUGAAAGGGAUCAUGUUGGAGGAGUUGCAGGUGGUGGUGGUGGUACUGUGUUUCAAGAGAUGGAUGGAAGACAGUAUGAUAACACAGUGAUAGAUUACAGGAAGGAGAUCAUUGGGAACAAAGGGGAAGUGAAAGGAAAUUUUGCCACUGAGAGACAAAGAAGGGAGCAGUUGAAUGAGAAAUACAAGGCCUUGAAGUCACUAGUUCCAAACCCAACAAAGGCUGAUAGAGCUUCAAUAGUUGGAGAUGCAAUUGAGUACAUCAAUGAGCUGAGAAGAACUCUGAGUGAGUUGAAGAUCUUGGUGGAGAAGAAGAGGCAUGGAAGAGAGAGGAGAAAGAUGGUUAGGACCACCGACGUCGAAGAAGUGGCCGGAGACAUGGAAAGCUCAUCCAUGAGACCACUCAGAGAUGAGCAUGAUCACCAUCCUCUCAAUGGAGCUUUGCGGAGUUCUUGGCUUCAAAGAAAGUCGAAAGACAGCUUCGUCGAUGUUCGCAUUGUUGACGAUGAAGUUAAUAUCAAACUAUCUCAGAAGAAGAAGGUCAAUUGCUUGCUCUUUGUUGCCAAAGCUCUUGAUGAACUUCAACUCAAUCUCAUCCAUGUCUCUGGUGGUAACAUUGGAGAACACUACAUCUUCAUGCUCAAUACCAAGAUAAGUGAGGGAUCUUCAGUGUAUGCAGGAGCAGUUGCAAAGAAGCUGCUUGAAGUCAUGGAUAGACAGUAUACUACUGCAACAUUUCCUAGUGGUUUUUAGAUGAUUUGAGUUUUGAGUUUUUAAUUAAAGAGUUUGCAUGCAUGUUACGCUUUCUUUUUCAUUCAUCUUAGGAUGAUGUUGAUGAUGAUGAUGGUGUUUAGUAGUGUUGUUUAUGAAAAGAUGAUUGAAAAAAAAUUGCUGCUAAUUCUUCAUUUGGACUCCACCAAAUAAUAACUAGCUAGGUUUGAGAUUUGUUUUUAGAUGAUCCAUGAACAGUGCUUCAAAGUGUUAUUUAAUUUGAUUAAUUGUGGUUCUUUUAACUUUUAA